AAAAAAAUUACUGGAUAAGUAAAGAUAAAUAAAAACUCAGCUUCGAAGAAAAGUCAACAUAAAAAAAACAUCGACAUGUGGAAGAGAUUUUCGAUAGAAUGUAUAAAGUCUAUUGGAAUUUCCAAAAAAGUAUUGAAUUGGAAUAUAUUUAAAACUGAAAUACUAGGUUCAUCACAAGCCUGUUUUGCACAGCCACAGUUGUUUUAUAGUUCUUCUAUAGAAAAACAAUCUCCACUUGAACCUCAAAGUCUAUCUAAACCUCCAGAAAUCAGCUCCUUUGUAAAGAAAGCAUCAAAAUUUACACCUAGAAGGAGAGAUGCCAAAACAACAUUUUCAGUGGAAAAGUUAGAAGAAACUUUAAAAGAAUUAGAAGAAAAAGUUGAUUACAGUGAUAAUAUGCCAGUACCAAAUAUGGUCAAUCCAUACGAGGAAAAACAGAAAAGAUGUAUAUUAUGUCAGUAUAAUGUCAAAUUAGAUUAUAAGAAUGGUCGAAUACUAAGUCAGUUUGUAUCACCAAAUACAGGAAGGAUUUAUGGUCGUAAAAUAACAGGUCUUUGCAUACCAAUGCAGAGAGAAAUAUCAAGAUUAAUAAAACAAUCACGAACAUUUGGAUUUAUGCCGUAUACAUACAAGAAGACUGAAUAUCUUAAAGACCCAUUGCUGUUUAGUAGAUUUAGGAGUUAAAAGAACUGACAUUCAUUUAAUUAUUUUAUUAUAUGGACUAAUUGUGUGCGUACCUUCUCAGAAUAUACUUGAUAAAAUCUGGAAAACUAA